AUGGCCGACGGUCAUGCUUUGCCGGAUGCGUUACGCCAGUUCCUGUGGCGUUAUCGCAGCGCGCCGCAUGCAACGACCGGGCAGUCGCCGGCCGAACUGUUUAUCGGACGGAAGCUCCGAUCGACGUUGGACCUUUUGGUUCCCGUCAUGGCAACCACGACAGAGCGCAACCGCGAGCGAUACCAGAAGAAUUUCGAUAAGCGGACGAAACCGAAAGAGUUCCACAGUGGUCAGCUGGUGCUGGUGCGCGACUACCGGUUGAACCGCACAGUCGAUUGGAUAAGCGGGAAGUUGGUCAAACGUUACGGCACAAAGGUGUGGGAUGUUAAAGUCGGCGAUCUGAUUUGGCGUCGACAUGUAAAUCAGAUGCGACCGCGAAGUUGGCUGGAAAUGCAUGAAAUGGUGGAAGCAGAUGUUCCACCAUCACUCAACGCGGAAGCACCACCGCCUACGAAUGACCUUCCGGAAAUGACCAGUACAGCGGUGCCAUCAUCUACUGCGAACGAGGCAGAGACUGCUAAGCCGGAACCUGACGAGCCGAAAAGUCAACCCGAUUCAGCGAAGUUUUCCCAACCGCAGAAGCCCGCUGAAACCAAGCCUGCUACAGUGAAUAAGCCGCAGGCUACGAAGCCCAAGAAGACCAAACCGGAACCGGUGGAACCACGUCGUACAGCAAGGGCGAACGCUGGAAUAGCUCCUAAGCUGUUAAUACAUGAGCAAUAA